GCUGGUGGACAGCAGCUGUGUUUCUCAGUGUGGUCAGUCAGAGCUGAUUCUACAGCGGGGAGAACUUGUUCGCGUUGACGGAAGUUACUGUAAACACAGGACGUUAUUGUGCCUAAAAACGAAUUUCGCCCCAGUCUUCAGUCCACUGCCGACAUGAACUUCUUUCUGGAGACUCUAAAGGUGCUGGGACUGUCCCUGGUGUUUUACCUGGAGGCGUUUUUUAGGCUGUUUGUAUCCGCUCGGAGGAAGAAUGUGCAGGGGGAGCUGGUACUAUUAACCGGAGCUGGUUCGGGACUGGGGCGCACAAUGGCGCUUGAGUGGGCCAAACUGGGUGCCAGACUGGUACUGUGGGAUAUUAAUGAGGAAGCAAACAUGGAGACUGCACGCCUCGUUCAGCAAACACACGGAGUCAAAGCGUACACCUAUACCUGCGACUGCAGUACACGAGAGGAUGUGUACAAAGUUGCAGAUCAGGUAAAACGGGAGGUUGGCGACGUCACAAUCCUGAUAAACAAUGCUGGUGUGGUCACCGGGAAGAAAUUCCUACAAUGUCCAGACAAUCUCAUAGAGAAAACCAUGGAGGUCAACAGUCUGGCUCACUUCUGGACAUACAAAGCAUUUCUUCCAGCGAUGAUUGCUGCAAACCAUGGUCAUGUGGUCAGCAUAGCUAGCUCAGCUGGCCUUAUCGGUGUCAGUGGACUAGCAGAUUACUGUGCCAGUAAGUUUGCAGCAGUAGGCUUUGCUGAGUCCAUGGCUCUUGAGCUUCAUGCUUUGGGCUGUAAUGGCGUGAAGACCACCAUAGUCUGUCCAUUCUUCAUCAAUACUGGAAUGUUUGAAGGGGCUAACACAAAGUGGCCCAGACUCAUGCCUAUUCUGGAGCCGGAUUACGUGUGUAGAAAGAUUGUAGAUGCUGUUCGAAGAGAUCAAGUGUAUCUGUACCUUCCUCGCAGCAUGUAUCUAACCAUCUCACUUAAACACCUUUUACCUGUUAAACUGGGCAUGCUGCUUGGCGAGUAUCUGGGAGCGUUUGACUUUAUGGCUAAGUUUAAGGGUCACGGCAAAAAGAACAACUGACACCAGCAACAGAAGAAAAUGAAUUCUGUCUGUAGAGCUUUAUGGUCGUCUGCAGAAUAUUCAUUACAAUGAAGACAUGAUGGGAUGAAAGCAAAGCUGCGGCUGUAAGCACCAUGAAGAAUACUAAACCAAGAAGAAAUAACUAAUUAAUAUGCAAUUUAAAGUCACAAACAUUUCUAAAAGCACUUAGUCAUUUUAAGGUGCAGUUUGAACUAACAGACUGCCUUAGUGUAUUAGAUAAGAAUACAAAGCUUUUUAUAUAGCCUUAAGUUAUAUGUUUUAAGAACAAACCAGUAUACUAAAUGUAUUAAUAAUGUUAUUUUAAUAACAUCUGACAUCUAAGACCAUUAGUAAAAAUGUUUCUGUUUUCCAGUUUUGUCUCAUUUUAUUAAAAGUUUGUCAUUACAAAUCA